AUUUUAUUAGCUUAUACAAAAAAUUUUCUAGCGGAUAAUUUAAAUUUUAAAAUCGAAUAAUUGCUAUUUAACGACAUUUUUAAUCCCGAUCAUUAUUACUGAUUACCAUACAGCAGUUAAUAAUUUCUAAGUAACUAAUUUGUGUGUAUAUAUGUGUUAGCAGAAAUGACUAAUGGUGGAGGGACCAAUCAUUCUAAUCAGUUUCAAGGGGUUAUGCAUAAGACUGGGUUAGGAGAUAAUACCUAUAACAAUAAUAAUAAUAAUAUUUCAAAUAAUUCUAAUAAUGUAAAUCAACCAAAUACAGGCUUAUUUCAACAUUAUAAUAAUAUAUCAGCUACAAACUCAACCCCUUCAUUUACUAAUUCUCCUUCAACAUCUAUUGUUAUCUCCCUGAAUGGACAACCUGAAUACUUAUCGCAACAAUCUCAACCAUUAUCUCAAUCUCAAUCUCAUAACCAACCAGCCAUCACUUCUCAGAAUUAUUAUCGACAAAAUGAGUUAUUAAUGCAACAGAAUUCAAACUUAUAUCAUACUCAGCAAUUCAUUACUCAUGCAAAUUCAGAUGAAUAUGAUUACUUUUCCCAAGAAGCUUCCCUUUCGGUACCUUCUUCGAAGAUUGACUAUCCUUACUAUCAAGAUGGGAAUACCAAUAAUAAUGAUAAUACUAAUAAUAAUGGAAAUGGGUUCGAUAACUCUCAACUACUACAGCAUCGUCAGCAAUACAGUAACGUUGUAGAACCAGAAUUUCAUCUUCAACAACCCAUACAAAUGUUACAUCAACAGCAACAACAACAAAUAUCUAGUCCACAAAUUCCUCCAGACCAUAUAAUAUACCCUCAACAUCAGUUUCAACAACAUAACCUGAUCUUGAACUUGGGUGGACAACAUCAACAAAUACAAGAAGGAAAUGUUAAAAGAAAAUUAAGCAGUAGUCAAUUAGCACAACUUCCUUCACAUAUACCAAACAAGACCAAAGCAUUUAAACCUCCUACAAUACGGCAGAAUUCAAUGCCUAAUUAUUCUUCAGGUAUUACAAGACCAAUAACAAAUAGUACUACCCAAGCUAGUUCCAAUCUAAAUCCAGAUAUCCCGGUAGACCUACUAACUAAUGAUGAAAUGUGGGAGAAAUACUUAUCAGGUAUUGAAAUUCCCAAGAUGAAUAACGAGAGUAAAACUAAAGAAAGUUCUGGGAUUCCAAUUUCUCAGUCUUCAUCUACUAAUAAAGUAUCUACAGUCAAGAAUCCUCGACCUAGAACAAGAAAAACAAAGAUAAAACCUUCUUUUACAUUAAAAUUAGAUAGUCUACGAAAUGAUAAUAUGUUUAAGAGUCAACAAGUAACAUCUUCUCAAUCGGAUUCAGGGGUUUACAAUUUCGAUAAUUUACCUACAUUCAAUAUUUCUAAUCCAAUAUUUACUGGGUUUAAUGAUACAUCUCUUGAUAAUAAGGAAGAUUUGAAAUUUGGUGAGAAAGAUCUUGAUGAAAUUCAAAUCUUUGGAUCUAGUCAGCCACUUGUAACACCUUCAAUGAUGCCUCCAGGAGGGAAUAGUUAUUUUGAAUUAAAUCCUUUAAAUCACAGUGAUGAUAAUAAAUUAAAUUCACCACAAAUAAUAUAUAAUGAUAAUUCAUUUGAUGGUAUUAAUAAACUGUUUAAUCAAUAUAUAGAAACUCCAAAAGCAAAAGAUUUGAAUUCAAUAACAAAGGGUAAUGUUGGAGAAGGUCAUUUUGUCAAUCAAUCUAUAAAUGAUGAAUCUAAAAAUAUAAUUUCAUCUUCAUUAAUAGGACCAUCUUUAACACUUUCAAGUUCAAUUGAUUCUAGUUCUAUUAAUAAAAUUAAUCAUAAUUCAAAUAAUAUUGUUGAAUAUAAUAAUAGUAAAAUUGAUAAAUCAUCCGAAGAAGAAAGUUCAGGAUCAGAAAGUGAAGAUGAAAAUAUAUAUUUAGUACCAGAAGAAGGAUUAGAACGUUCAACAAUGGAUAGAACAAAUUCUGGACAAAGUGUUAGUAGUUCAGGAUCUACAUCAUCCAGUAAAGAUAAUAUUGAAUCUAAUGAUAAAUCAGAAAAGAAAGAUAAACCAAAAAAGAAGAAAACUCCCAAGAGUGCUAUAUGUCCAGUUUGUAAUAAAUUUAUUAGUCGAGACCUAAUUAGACAUAUGAGAAUUCAUAAUGCAGUUGGAAGAUUUCAAUGUGUUUAUCCUAAACAUAUGUGUAAACAUAAAACUCAAUAUUUUAAUCGACCAUAUGAUUAUAAAAAGCAUUUAUUGCAUAUUCAUUUUAAAUUUGAUGAUCCAAAGGGUAAAACUUCCAAUACUUUAACCGAUAAAUUACCAUUACAAGGUACUUGUAUGGCCUGUGGAAUUCGUCAAACUGCUAGUGAUUGGUUAGAUAAUCAUGUUUUAACUUCACAACCACAAGGAAGAUGUCCAUUUGUUGAGAGUAAAGAAGCGAGAUAACAAGUGACAGAGUUUAUAGAGUAGUUAGUUACAGAGAUAUAAUUAAUUAAUUAAUUAUUAUUUAUUAUUAUUAUUAU